UUUAGCAGCAGCAUGUAGAAUCUUCUUCCUUGCUCUUAUUGGAGGAGGAGCAGCAGCAGCAGCAGCAGCAGCCAUCUAUAUAUAAAUGUACGCCUGUGGCUGCGUGCUAGCCAACACACCACACCACACCACACCACACAAUCUGUGUUUUUUGUCGACAGAAACACAUGAGAAGAGAGAGAGAGAGAGAAUCCUUGCCCUGCCGUAAUUAGAUUGGACAAUCAUAAUUAAGCUAGCAUAGCAUAUAUAGCAUUUCUUGAGUUGAGUUGACUGACAGUACGUAGCAGUACCUGAGAGUACUUGGGUGAUCAGAUCAAAUCAAAAUGAAAACGUCUUCCAAGGAACCUCAGGCGGCGGCGUUGGAAUGGAGAGUGAGUAUGCCGGGCGGUGCGAGUCGGGCUCUAGAACCAGCACCAGCAGCAGCUGGCGAGAGAAGAAGAUGCAGCAGCAGAAUGUGCAUCUGCAGCCGGUUAGGGUUGGGAAUGGGAAUUGGGGGGUUCUUGGAGAGGGCGUGGAAGAUGGCCAGGAACGAGCCUAAGAAGGUAAUGCACUGCGUCAAAGUAGGGCUGGCGCUCUCGCUGGUGUCCUUGUUCUACUACAUGCGGCCCCUCUACGACGGCGUCGGCGGAACCGCCAUGUGGGCCGUCAUGACCGUCGUCGUCGUGUUCGAGUACACUGUGGGCGCGACGCUUUGCAAGUCGGUGAACAGAGCGACGGGGACGUUCUUGGCAGGGGCGCUGGGGAUGGGUGUUCACUGGGUGGCCAGCCACGCCGGCGACAACCUCCAGCCCGUUAUUCUGCAAGCCUCCGUCUUCAUUCUGGCCACCGCAGCGACCUUCUCCAGGUUCAUUCCGUCGGUGAAAGCCCGGUUCGACUACGGGGCCAUGAUCUUCAUCCUCACCUUCAGCCUCGUCUCGGUUUCGGGCUACCGCGUCGACAAACUCUUCGAGAUGGCUCAUCACAGGCUCUCCACCAUCGCAAUCGGCACUUCGCUCUGUGUCAUCACCACCAUGGUCGUCUCCCCGGUCUGGGCUGGAACCGAGCUCCACAACAUCAUCAACACCAACAUGGACAGGCUUUCCGAUUCCCUAAAUGCAUGCGUUGCCGAAUAUUUCAAAGAUGGUGAUGACGAUGAUGCCAAGGCCAGUGAUGGUGGUAAAAAUGAAGCUGCUGCCACCACCAAAGCCUUACAUGGCUACAAAUGUGCUCUCAAUUCUAAAACUACUGAAGAAUCCAUGGCAAACUUUGCCAGAUGGGAGCCUGCCCAUGGGAGCUUCAACUUCGGGCAUCCAUGGAAGGAAUACCUCAAGGUUGGGGCGUCCCUGAGGAGCUGUGCCUACUGCAUCGAAGCACUUAAUGCCAGCAUCGCCUCGGAUGCUAAGGCCCCUGAUUUUCUCAAGAAGCAUUUCAGCAAGUUUUGCGUGAGAUUAAGCGGCUCAUCCUCUGCACUGCUUAAAGAAUUGGCGAUUUCCAUCGCUGCAAUGAAGAAAUCAUCUAGAACAGAUCUCAUGGUCGAGGAGAUGAGAAACGCAGUUCGGGAAUUGCAGAAUGCACUGAAAUCCCUCUCCACACAAUGGAUGGCAUCAACAGGAGAAAUGGCUAGUGAUACAGGGGAGGAGAAAGCCAGUCCUCGGGUUGUUACUCUCACCAAAAUUGUUCCAUUGGUCACCGUGGCAUCGCUACUUAUAGAGAUCGCUGCAAGAACAGAGACUGUUGCACAGACAGUAACUGGGCUUGCGGAUAAAGCUGAAUUCAAAGUUGAAAGCGCAGAGGAGACGAAGAAAUUCCAAAGCCAGAAAGUUUAA